AUGGUACCCCCUCUCUCUCUCUCUCUCUCUCUCUCUCUCUCUCUUUCUUUCUCUCUUUCUUUUCUUCCUUUCUCCCUUUCUCUCUCUCUCUCUGUAUUUCUCUUUCUCUCUGUCUUUAUCCAUGUGUGUCUCUGUCUCUGUCUCUAUCUCUGUCUCUGUCUCUGUCUCUCUCUAACACUAUCGGCGCUUACGCGCGUGGUCCAAACUACUAAACAUUUUUCCACAUUCAAUUUUUAUUUCUCUCUCUUCUCUCUCUCAUUUUUCUCUCUAUAUCUUUCUCUUUCGCUCACUCUUUUUCUCUCUAUCUCGCUAUUUCUCUUUCUACCUCUCCCCCUCUCUCUCUCUAUCGCUAUCUCAAUCUAUCUAUCUAUCUAUCUAUCUAUCUAUCUAUCUAUCUAUCUAUCUAGAUAUAUCCAUUUUUAUUCAUUUUUCUUGAUAUUUGCUUAUUCAUGUUUGUAUCAUUCUGCCUUAUUCUCUCUCUAUCUAUCUAUCUCUCCAGAUAUAUCAUUUUUUUUCAUUUUUCUUGAUAUUUGUUUAUUCAUGUUUGUAUCAUUCUGCCUUAUUUUCUCUCUAACUCUCUCUCUCUCUCUCUAUCUAUCUAUCUAUCUAUCUAUCUAUCUAUCUAUCUCUCCAGUUAUAUCCAUUUUUUUCAUUUUUCGUGAUAUUUGCUUAUUGAUGUUUGUAUCAUUCUGCCUUAUUCUCUCUCUCUCUAUUUAUCUAUCUCUCCAGAUAUAUUCUUUUUUCUUUCAUUUUUCGCGAUAUCUGCUAAUUCAUGUUUGUAUCAUUCUGCCUUAUUCUAUCUAUCUAUCUAUCUAUCUAUCUAUCUAUCUAUCUAUCUAUCUCUCCAGAUAUAUCCAUUUUUUUCAUUUUUCUUGA